GACGACGAUGUCAUAUGCACCAGCGUCUACUCUAGACAGACACCUAUGGAAAACGGAGAGAUCCAUACUCACCUGGUGAACGGUAGACCUGGUGCCCUGAAUCACAGCGCGACCCUUCAGGAAUUCACACAGGCCAGAUACGUACGGCUUCGUCUUCAGGGUCUUCGUCGGAACGGAGAGGCAGUCGCGGAUAAAAGGCGCGCUUUUUACUCGAUAAAAGAAGUGAAUAUCGGCGGAAGGUGUCUAUGUUCCGGUCACGCGGCGAGAUGUCGCUACAGCGUCCAACAUGGCCACCAAGAAUGCGAAUGCGAGCGCCACACGUGCGGCGAAAGAUGCGAAAAAUGCUGUCCCAUGUACAAUCAGAUUCCGUGGAAACCUGGCACAGCUGCGAAGGGCUUUCACUGUGAGAAAUGCAACUGCAAUGGACAUGCAACCUCGUGCAGAUAUGAUCAGGAUGUGGCCGACAGAAGAAUGUCCAUGGACAUUCGUGGGAAAUUUCGCGGCGGUGGCGUCUGCAUUAAUUGCACAGAUCACACGGCUGGGAUCAAUUGCGAAAAGUGUCAAGUUGGUUAUUACAGGCCUAACGGAGUUGCCCCUGAUGCAUCCGAACCUUGCUUACCUUGCGACUGCAACGUGCACGGUAGCACCGGCUACUGCACCCCUGAUGACUCCUACACACACCUGGGAAAGGUAGCAGGCGCUUGUGAUUGCAAACCCGGUUACUCGGGCUACAAAUGCGACCAGUGUGCAGCCGGUUACCGUCAGUUUCCUGACUGCAUGCCCUGUCCGUGCGAUUCCCGUGGGAUUUUACCGUCUCACGACUGUGAAGGAGACUGUCUCUGCAAGGCGAACGUUGCUGGCGAAUUUUGCGACGAGUGCAAACCGGGCCACUUCGCGCUGACCAAGGAGAAUCUCGAUGGGUGUCUUCCGUGUUACUGCUUUGGGGUUAGCGAUCGUUGUGGAAGUGCCAGCUUGUCUUACACCGGGAUAUCGUCGCUGGAGAAUUGGUUAGUGAGCGACAUGAACGCAACCCGCGCCAUUGUUCCUAUUUUGGACGUGGAUAAUGGCUGGCUCACGAUCGCGGCGUUCGACGUGGAAUACGACAGUCCUUUCUGGCUGGCCCCGCGAAUUUAUUGCGGUAAUCGACUCUCGUCUUACGGCAGCAAUCUUACUUACUCUGUCAGCUGGGUCGUUAUGCGCGGUGACACCAGUGGAAAGCCGACUACAGGACCCAACGUUAUUCUGGUUGGUAAUAAUGGCAUGCGAAUAGCUUACGGCGAGGAACAAUAUAAUGGCCAGGAAGCAGAGAUCAUCGUACCUCUACGCGAAAACGGCUGGUACCAUGUACGCGGAGAGAUCCAAGAUAUUCCUACCAGGCAGAGACGAACCGAAUUUCGCGGAGACUCUGUUACCAGGGUACAAAUGAUGGGGGUCCUCGCGAAUUUGAAGCAUGUCAUGAUUAGGGCGCAGUAUCAUUCCGAGCAGAUCGAAGGAAGUCUACAGUCAGCAGUCGUGUCAGUCGGAGAGGUUAUAUCCGUUGGUGAAAACAAUAAUUUAGUCGAGGAGUGCGAAUGUCCCGAGGGAUACACGGGGCUGUCUUGCGAAAAUUGUGCGUGGGGCUACGUAAAAUUGAUCAAGAACGGAUCCGAUCAACAGGAUCAUCACGUGUGCGUGAAGUGCGAUUGUAAUGGACACGCGAGUACUUGCGAUCUUGUGCUGGGAGAAUGCACGAACUGUGAACAUAACACAGUGGGUCCUAAAUGCGAUCGUUGUGCUCGAGGUUUCUUUGGCAUUGCUCUUAAGGGCACCCCACAUGAUUGUAAAAGAUGUGCAUGUCCACUCCUAAUCGAGAGCAACAAUUUUAGUCCAAAUUGUCAACUCGAUGACCCUACUGACAUUGACAGUGGAUACGUGUGCACACAAUGUCCAAAGGGGUACACUGGGGAUCACUGUGAAAGCUGUGACAUAGGAUAUUUUGGAAAUCCCAUGGUACCCGGUGGCACAUGCGAGUCCUGCUUUUGCGGCGGCGGUCCAUGCGAUCAGGAAACAGGACGUUGCUUGGAGUGUCGCGGUAACACGGAAGGCUGGAAAUGUGACAAAUGUAAACCAGCUCAUUACGGAAAUCCCUUGGAACAGAACUGCUUGCCCUGCAACUGCGAUUCUCUGGGCAGCGGUUCCGCCGAAUGCGACAAGAGGAGCGGUCAGUGUCCCUGCAAGCCUUUGUUCGAGGGUCGUGACUGCUCUUCUUGCAUCGAAGGUUACGGGAACGUGACUGCAGGUUGCCGGGAAUGCGACUGCGACGUGGGUGCCCUCGACGAGGUCUGCGAUCCCGUAACCGGCGAAUGCAGGUGCGCGGAUGGCAUCCUUGGCUUCCGGUGUGAUCACUGCGAUGUCGACCAUUAUGGCUUGUCCGCGGGUGGCUGCAAAGGUGAGUGUCACUUCCAGUAGUAUCAUAAAUCUACUUUAACAGAUGGGC